UGUCGUCUAGUGACAAUUCGGAUUUUGUAGCUCCGAUUCACCGUUUUUAAAUCGAUUCAGGAAGCUACAGAUUCGAUUCCAGAUUCAGAUUUCUAUUCUUCCUCACGGAAAUCGAGUAAAAAAUGGCGAAGCGUGGAUAUAAGCUACAGGAGUUUUUGGCACAUUCUGCAAAUGUGAAUUGUCUAAGUAUUGGAAAGAAGACAUCGCGGCUUUUUAUAACUGGCGGUGAUGAUUAUAAAGUCAACCUUUGGGCGAUCGGGAAGCCGACUUCUUUAAUGAGUCUAUGUGGACAUACUAGUGCAGUGGAUUCAGUAGCUUUUGACUCUGCAGAAGUUUUGGUGUUAGCUGGAGCUUCUUCGGGUGUGAUAAAGCUGUGGGAUGUAGAAGAAGCAAAGAUGGUUCGAGCUUUUACUGGACAUAGAUCCAAUUGUUCUGCUGUUGAAUUUCAUCCCUUUGGUGAAUUUUUGGCAUCUGGAUCAAAUGACGCGAAUCUAAAGAUCUGGGACAUCAGAAAGAAGGGAUGCAUACAGACGUACAAGGGUCAUACUCGUGGCAUCAACACUAUCAGGUUUACUCCCGAUGGUCGUUGGGUAGUGUCCGGAGGACUUGACAAUGUUGUAAAGGUAUGGGAUUUGACUGCUGGAAAGCUUUUACAUGAAUUUAAGUUUCAUGAAGGACCUAUCCGUUCGCUAGAAUUCCACCCACUUGAGUUCCUUCUAGCCACAGGUUCUGCUGACAGGACUGUAAAGUUCUGGGAUUUGGAAACGUUUGAGUUGAUUGGAUCUACCCGACCAGAGGCUACUGGAGUUCGUUCAAUCAAAUUUCAUCCGGAUGGGCGAACCCUAUUUUGUGGUUUGGAUGAUAGCUUAAAGGUUUAUUCAUGGGAACCUGUGGUUUGCCAUGAUGGUGUUGAUAUGGGAUGGUCAACGCUUGGUGACUUAUGCAUCAGCGAAGGGAAGCUCCUGGGUUGUUCAUACUACCAAAAUUCCGUAGGGAUUUGGGUCUCAGAUAUAUCACAAAUUGAGCCAUAUGGCAUUGGAUCUGCGGAUAAAAAGGAAUGCGUGGAGAAAAUACUCGGUGCUCUGGACGAUCAGUCCUCCGAUAGAAUAAGGAGUACCCCAAGGCGCAGCUCAUCUCCAGAUUAUGAAACGAAAGAGAUAAAAAACAUAUACAUCGACUCUACAGGUGGAAAUUCGGCUGUUGCACAUAAGUCAGGAUCUCUAAGUACUACGAAAGUCAAAGCAACUUCUACUGGACAAGCAGGGGAUAAUAAGUCUUUAGUAGUGCAUAGUGUUGUGCCACGGGAUAGUGAUAUUGGGAAAGACUCUUCUGAUUCGGGAAAGGAAUCUAUCACUUUCUCAAAAACAAAGCCAGGCAUGCUGUUGAGACCGGCUCAUGUAAGAAAGACGCCAACAAAGUUUGAUGAAACAAAGAAGCAGUCAGUGGCUGUUCAAUCUGGAUAUUUAAAGAAAAGUGGAUUGGACGGUGAGACGGAGCUAGAUACUGAGACGGCGUUAGAUUCAGAAAUGAGUGGUAGGAAACCAUAUGAUGCCGACGAUUCUAUCAUCAAGAGUAUAACCAACAAGUUUGAACAAGCUUUAUUACCAGAAUCACCGACUGAUGAAGCGAAAUGUAUGUUGCUGAAACCGCCUCGUGUACAGAGGUCACCAAGUACUAAGUACAAUGAGGCAAGCUGGGCGACAUCUGUUGAUUCUGGAGCUUUAGACAGUAAAAAGAGUGGGUUAGAGUCCUCAAGAGACAUGGACUUGCCAACAGGGCAUAAGGAUGACAGAGGUAGUAACCUGUGUGAGGAAGAUAUCGAUAACAAGAGCAUUUCAAGUAGGUCAGAAAGAGUUCUAUCACCAGAGAAAGCUGGUGAUGAACUAAAAAGCCUUGAAUCCCCUGGAGGUAGGAAAGAAUCAAACUCUGUGAAGGUUGUUAGAGGAGUAAAAGUUGUUUCGGGAAGGACACGGUCAUUGGUUGAGAGGUUUGAAAGAGGGGAAAAAAUUACUCCUUCUGAAGAUAAAGCAGCCAGUGCAACAAUAGUUCAGAGCACUAAUGCUGUAGAGGAAGAGCCCCUGACAGCAUCGGUACAAGCAGUUAGCACGACGCCUACCCAGGUAAUGCCAGUUAAACUUGAUCAGGCAACUAACUCGACGACAGUUGAAGCUCCUGUGUUAUCAACACGACGAACUAGGAGUACUCCAGUCAGAGUAAUGCCUGUGGUACUCGGCCGGGACACUAGCAUGGCAACUGAUACGCCUCCUGGAACAUCAACCCGACCUUAUAGGACUUCGGCUACUAAUUUGACAUCUGAUGUGACUGAUUUGACACUGGAUGAGACAUAUAUUACACAAACUCAACAAGCUUCUGAUAUCUUGACCCAGAAGGAAGAACCUCAGAUAUCUGGGAGGGAGAAUGAUGGUGACAUUUGGGAGACUUUAAUGCAAACUCAUAAUGAGGUCUUAAACACUCUUCAAUCAAGGUUGACAAAAUUACAGAUUGUAAGACAUUUUUGGGAACGUAGUGAUAUAAAAGGCGCGAUCAUGGCCUUGAGAAAGCUGUCAGAUCACUCUGUUCAAGCAGAUGUGAUCAGUAUCCUAACAGACAAAACAGAAAUUUUAACAUUGGAUCUGUUUUCUCAAUUAGCACCCGUCCUUACAGGCUUAUUGGGCAGCAGGACUGAGAGGCCUGUAAAUGUCUCCUUGGAAAUGCUCUUGAAGCUUGUAGCAGUGUUUGGUACAGUUAUUCAAUCAACUGUUUCAGCACGACGAGUUGUUGGCGUUGAUCUUCACGCAGAAGAAAGGUUACAGAUCUGCCAAAGCUGUUCUGCGGAAUUGCAAAAGGUUCACAAGAUUCUUCCACUACUGACAAGAAGAGGUGGUCUCAUAGCAAGAAAGGCUCAAGAACUAAACCUAGUUCUUCAAACACCAUAGCUUUAGGUUCAGCUUCAAGACCAAUCGGAAUCACUUGCGAACCGUAACCCCUCCCGCUGAGUUUUCCAAUCUGUACAUUUUCAAGAAUCGUUUUCAUGUUCCUCCUGGUGAUUUUGUAUUGAAGAUUCGCUGAAAAGUCGCAGGUUCUUGUGGCGGGUUUUGAGAUAGAAUUGCGCCAAGAGAACACGAAAAAUCACUCCGGGAAAAAUUUGGUAUAUGGCUGUAAAUCGAUCCGUCUCUGGGAUUAAAGUUGUAUGUGCUUC